AUGUCUUGGAAUUAUUAUGUGUCAAAUACCGAUAAUCUAAACAUCACCAACACAACCAACGCUUCUUCUGUCACCAUCCCGGGAAAAUGGUUGAAACCGUGGGCCGCGGUAUAUUUAUCCUUCUGUUUUGAGGGCGCUCUUGGCAACCUGCUCAUUGUCUGUGUGAUUCUUUUCAACCGGAAAUUGCGCAGCGGUUGCGGUCUGCUGAUCGCCAACUGUUUAAUAGCGUACACCAUACUUUGCGGUUUCAGUUUCCCCAUCGUCGGCACCAGUGUCUACCGCAAACAAGCCUUCAACUGGCAACUGGAUCCCAAAUACUGCAAAGGUUUCCAGUGGAUCCAGAUGGGCUGCCGGUUCGCAGCGUACUGGCUGGAUUUGUACAUUGCUGUUAACCGUGUUGUUGCGCUAUGCUUUCCGCACAGGUAUCGAGCGUUCUCGCGGACCCGCACCGAAAUGACCGUGGUAGCGAUAUUAUGGAUAACCGCACUGAUGUACUCGGGCCUAGGGUGGUUCGAUCUAGGCAUGCACUUCGCUUGGAUACCCAUUGGAACGUGUGCCGGUCUGCCUUAUGGCUAUCUGGGAACGUUUGUGUACAUGACUGGAUUUUACAUUCCCGGCGUAGUCACGGCAGGAAUGUAUGUAUUUAUCUAUGGAAAAAUUCUCAGCCGAAAACACCAGAUUGACCCGGAGCGCAGCAGCACCGAGGAUAAUAAACAAAAACAAACCAGACAAAAGCGGAUAAUCACGACCAAUAUGAUGUGCGUGUCGUUCGUGUGCACGUCAGCGUGCUCCAUGAUCCUGCCGGUUAUGAUCUCUUUCAUCAAGGUCACGGAGAAUGACGUACAUUAUCCGAUUGUGGUGAUCUGGUUGGCGGUGGCGCAGCUUCUUGGUUAUGCAACGAAUCCGGUAAAAAGCAAUUAUUCACUGUGA